UGAAAUUUCCUCAAAGUCAUCGUGUUUCCCACGCGCGAUCCGUUGACGCGUUAAAAACGAAACGCGGGAUAGGCUCGAUUCUUGUGAUACAAUAUAAUAAAAACAAAAAACUGUGAACCGGUCAAAAACGCGCAGCACAAGGCAAAAGCGACCCUAUUCGGUCGCGACAUAGCGACCGACGUGCGGUAAAAACGUAAUUACGUAUACCUGCUGCCUUCUUUUACCUGAGACUCUUAUGAAUGAAACUGUGUGGACUUACUAUUUCAAAAGAAGUUAACGCCGCGCUCACAAUGAAUGGUCGCCCUUUAGUAGCACAAAAGCAAAUGUGUUAAGUGUUUCAUUCUUUUUAUUGCGAUUCGUUAUUGUUGUGACUUGUUGUUGUAUUAUGGAAUUUUCCGUGUUCGUGCAGGAUUUAUUGAGGGCUUCGUUGAUCAUGAGGGCUCAGCACCAGAUAAUUGAGCAGCAAAACGACAUCAAAAGUCGAGCUUUUUGGCAGCCUUGGCUACAUUCAGACGAGUCAAAACAAAAACAGACGACAAAAUGGAAACGGGAGCGGCGCCUGCGGCUUCCCGAGUACACGCGAAAGUCCGACCCAAAAAUACCGGAAACGUUCGGCGGCGAUCAGCCUUCGAGUCCGGAAGCGAGCGCCAGCCAGAACGGAAGCGGAAGUCCGGAGGACUUUUCGAAUGGUAAGGAUGCGGCGGACACGCCGUUGGACAUGAGUUUGAGGCAAAGAGGGUUGCCGCCCUCCUACUCGCAGACAGUCAACAACCCAGGCUACAAGUCGAAUUACAGGCAGCCUGUAGUCAGCAGAGACGAGAUUCCAUCAGGCAUAUCGAUGUGCGACCCGAUCAUCGACGAGCACUUCCGACGGUCGCUCGGCAGCGACUACCACGCCCUCUUCAACAACAACCUGUCGAAAGAGCCGACGCCGGCGGCCAAAUCGCCGUCGCCGCCGCCGCCGCCGCCCAGGAUCGCCGCUCCGCCCGCCAACGUGAUCGAACUGAUGGACAGCGCGGGCCUCUCGGUGGACGACCACUUCGCCAAAGCGUUGGGCGACACGUGGGCCAAGCUGAACAAGAAAGAACCCGCCGCAAACGAGGGCAGCCUACUGUCGAUUUGA